UACUAUUCUGAACACUUAAGUCUGACAGGACUCCUUGUAAUUGUUAUACAGUACAUUCCAAGGCCAUUUCACACUAUUAUUGGGUGUAUAAGCACUGUUUCUGAGAACUGCUUAACAUUUGUAUUGCACUCAAUCAGUCAAUGCCUCUGUAUUUUUUGUAUUAUUCUGAAUACAGCUGUACCCAAACUCACACUGAACUUCCUGUAACCGAUGGGUAGUACAUUUCCGGGCCAUGUCAAACUACUAUUGGGGGUAGAAGCCUGCUUUACGUCUUAAAAAAGUGCUUCACACCUGUGUUACACGGCGUCAGUACCAAUGUAUUAUUUAUUUUGUAUUAUUCUUAACGCAAUUCCACCCGAACUACAUUUAACACGGUUUCUCGGGCCAUUUGAUAGUAUGAUUAGUAUUCUGUCAAGCUUUGCUAUGUCAGUGUUUUCCCUGUGGAAUUGCAUGGAACAAAUGAAACCUAAAUCAAGGUACCAAUCUACCAAAAAUGUAUUUUGUUGACUAAAUAUGUGGAAAACGCACCCAUGCGAGACCAUCAUACUAUCCUUCGAUAGUUUGAAUGCACGUUGCUUUUAUUCGACCACUCCAGAUAUCAAAUUCGACAAUUCCCGUGUAGUUGUGUAGUUGCCAGGCGCGCGGUAUCACUUUCUCUCCGCCGUCUCGUCUCAACGCGGGGAAUCGUGUCGCUUCCACGGCCGAUCCCCAGACGAGGGAAACGUUCUGCCGCCACAAAGCGAUCCCGAGACGCCUGACGAGCGCUCCGAGGCGUCUUUGUCUCCUCUCUCUCUGCUAACGUGAUUUGCUCUUUAUUUGGCGUUUUGUUUUCAUCUCAUCCUCAUUGUCGUCAUGAGCUCGGGUUUGAGUCUUUGCUUAUAUUUACACCCAAAAAGCACCAAGACAGAUGAGUAGAGCGGACCCCCCGGCGUUCGCACCGCGAAGAGCAAAAAUCUGUGGAUUAUAAUUCCACUGGGGAAAAAAAAAAAAAAAAAAAAGAUUUGAAAUCCAAACAAUUCUUAAAUAAGCGGGGGGUAGACUGCCAAUAAGCGUUUUGGGGGUUGGCUCCCCUUCGAAAAAAGAAAACCCAAAAAAAUGGAAGUAUGUGGCAGGCCACUUUUUUCUGUUUAUUCUUUUUCUGAUAGUAGAAUAUUUAAAAAUGUGGGCUGCCUAUUUUGGUAUUCUUAGCUCAACAUUUUUCUUGCCUCUUUGAUGGCGCCACGCGCACAUCUGCGCAGGUUCGCAGCAAAUAUCGAUAUUUGCCAUGUAUUGUAUCAUUUUCUCUGAAGAUACAGUAUCAAUAAGCAUGUUUAUUCUAAAAAGAAUAUAAUUAGCUAUAACAAUAAACAAAUGAUGAAUUCAACAUCAAUCAAUUGUCCAUUGUAUAUACAUACAGUAGUGCCUUGAGAUAGGAGUCGAAUUCAUUCCGUCACCACGCGCUCAUCGUUGAAGAUAGUUGCCCCAACAGUAGUUGGAAGCACUACACAUCGCACGCUACAUUCAUAUGAGCACAUCGAGCAUUCAGCACGACGAACACACUCCUCGAGGAAGAUGAGGAUGAAGGGGGGACAAGCCCAAGUGAAAAAAACAGCAACGAGACGUUAAACGUCUGAGAAGGAUGCUGCGUGUGCGUGUGUGUAGUGUGCGCGUAGCGUGGCACGAAUGAUCCGUCGUAGGCCGAAGUGGAGUAAGUCUCCGGGGGAACGAUGAGGCUCGGAAAGAUGGCGGCAGAGGAGGAGGAGGAGGAGGAGGAGGGACUAUCAGGAGUCUGGAGCGUGUGCGAUAGUGUGCGCGGUAGAAUAAAGCUGUUACGUAACAUGACAUCCCGCCGCAGCGCACUGCUCGCUCGCUCGCUCGCUCUCCUCGCACCACGCCGCUUGGCACGCAGCUUUGGAUUCCACGCCGCUCGCACUGCAGCAUUUUAACACGCUAUGUAGACAAAAGUAUUCGGACACAGUUCCCUCAGUCGUGUGAAACACUACGCUGCCGAUGGAAACCUAACGUUUUGGGGGGUUUUGUUUUUUUACAUUGAAGGCGAUUUGGAGCCUUCAAUUAACGUCCACAAGGAGAACAUGCAAACUCCUGAGAUCCCACGCCAACUGCAUGACAGUCAGCCGGGUGAACCACUACACCGCCCAUGAUGCUAGCACCCCGUCGUCGGUACUGUCUAUUUUUGUAAACUUCGGCAACCUCCGACGAUCCCGUCUUGUUGUUGUUUUUAAAACCGUAAACCCAAAUAGAGAACAAACCCCUGCAAUCUCAUCCCAGAUGGACAAAUCAGCCAUGCCAUGUGAACCACUACACCACCGAUGUGUUUGACUUUUCAAUUGAGCUCGAACCAGAGCCAUGGGGAGUACCCGGACUGCAGGAGCGAGCGCGAGUCUGGGGGCGAGGCGUCUCUCCUGGUGUCCCCGCUGGUGGUGGCGGGCAUCGUCAUAGGCCUGGUGCUCUUCCUCUCCUGCGUCACCAUCAUCGUGGGCAGCCUGCGCAAAGACGGCCGGCUGAGGAACGCUCACCUGAGAGCCGCCUACGGUCCAGAUGGCUACUCCUUGGGCGGUUCCGUCGGAGAACUGAGGUCGACCUGCUUCGAAGACUUUCCGGCCGCUUUGGACUUGGACUCGUACGGUCCGUCGCCAGUCGAGCACCCGUACCCCGACUCUCCGCCACGUUACGAUGAAUGCGUGGGCCCGGGUUCCACUCACAACUACGUACCCACUGAUGACCCCCCACCGUACUCGCUAUGGGACCCCCGUCGGGAUGACUCAGAGGAAGGUCCCAGCCCAGCCGGCGCCGCCUCACCGCCCUCGGAGCACCGAGGCAUCGCAUCCAUCUCCUUCCCGUCGGAGGCGGCGCCGCCGUACGAGGCGGUGGCGGCCGACCGGGGACGGCCCCUCCCCCUCGUGCCACGUGACCUUCCCAAGCACCGAUCGGAGAGGGGCGUCGACGGCAACAGGCGGCAGUCGGGGAUCGGCCGGAUCUCGUAGGACGACUCUUUUGGACCUUUCGCCAGCGCUGUCCUCUGCCCCGACUUGAGUUCAACACAAACUGUGGCGGUUUUACAGACUUUCCACACUUUUAGUGGACUGAAAGUCAACAGAAGGAACCGUUUUCUUCAGGGAGUUUAUGGACUCAACAGAAAAGUCACACAAUGGUACGGUCAUAAUUUCGACGGUAUUUUCAAGUUGAAGCUAUUAUACACAAGCGCACAGAGCACCACGUCCUUUGAAAUCACUAACAUCAUGGUCAACCACCGUUCAGGACCAGCGUCUACGGGUGUUUUGCAAACUUUUCAUAGGCAAAGGACCACGAUUUUGGCCGUCUCAGACAAAAAAAAACCAAGGUUGUUUUUCAAAAAGGCUGGUUAAACGUGUCACAAGCAGCAACGGGGAAUGCUAGCUUGGGACUUCUGUUGCUCGAUUUAGCCAUUUUUGAGACUACCCUUGCAGCUUUAUUUCCAAAAAGCACCUCCAAACAACUUUUAAGGUUCGUAUUUUCCCUCUAAAUGCUGUAACUAUUUCCUCUACCACAGUCAACAACACAGGGCCGAUCCGUGCAUUGUGAGCUGCUAAAUUUGCUCCAUUAAAUUGUUUGACAAGCAUCGUUAGUUCCAAGAACGAUUAACGAUAGAAAAGAGAUCAAUGUGAAUACGGUGCUCCCCUGCAUAUUCGCCAUACGUGACUCUGAUUCAUGAUUUUUUUUUUCCAUUUGGAACCUUUUCUCUGUUAUUUGCUGUACAACGCACUUAUGGAGUCACUGUUUUUGUGCUCCAUCUUGUGGAAUCUUGGUGCCAAGGAACUUUGUUGAAGUGAGUUGAGGAGCUUCAUUUAGACUAAAGUAGUGCUUUUGUCCCCAUCUUGUGGCAUCUUGGUGCAAGGAACUAUGUUGACGUGUGUUAAGGAGCUUCAUUUCGACAAAACUAGUGCUUUCCUGCCAUCUUGUGGCAUCUAUAGGCAAUUCUAAAGCUUUUCCGGGACGUCAAUUACUCGCAGAGUUUUGCUGCUUGUGGCGGCGAACAGUGUGGCAACACUAGUGUAAAACAAAACUUUGUUACAUUUACGAAUAAAAACUUGAUAAACUAAUCUCAAUUUCAGGUAUUUAUUUGUUAUUUUUUUGGGUGAGACGGCCAGUCAAUUGAAGUAAUGCCACUGCGCAAUCAAUGUAAUGUUGGACGUAAUAAUGCAACUUUUAGCGGUAAAUAGCAGAGAUGAGGUUGACUGGAGUCAAAUGACUUGACUUGAGUUGACUGGAGUUGCCAGUUUUGUGACUUGCGACUUGCUUGCCAAACACCCGACAAAGAUUUGACUUCAGACUUGGUAGCCAAGAGACUUGACUUGACUUGACUUAAGACUUGACAAGUCAUCUCAUGUAGAGUUGGAAUGCUGCAUUUGAAUUGAGACAGUUUGCUUUUUUUUUUUUUUUCCCUUCACUACAAAACUCACAAAGACAGGUAAGCUAAUUUAACAGUUUAGCUAGCUGGUGAAACAUUAAGUUUCAUAAACUGCUUUGGGACGAUUACAAAUAAAAGAAAUGUGUUUGUGAACGUUUUAGUACAGCUCAGUAACGUAGAUCGGGGUGUGACGGUUUACGAUAAGUGACCAAACCUUCGGUUUUCGGUUCAUAUAGGCAUGCAAAAGUCUCUCUCUCUCUCAUGCACUCCAUAGCAGAAAGUAGCACCUAAAAUAUAAUGCCAGCCGCAGAAUGCGGAGGAAUUGAAGCGGCGUUGUUGGUGUUGUGAAGGUAAAAAAAUACAUACAUUUGAGUUUGAAAUACAACUUUAAAACAAUUCAAACAAUCAUAAUCUCCGUUGUUGAUAGAGUGGGAAUACUUAUUUUAGUGUGAUGAUUUAUGGUGAAAAAACAUUUUAUUACCACUUCAAUAUAUGUUGGGGCUGGAGCUCGAUUGUAUGACUUGACUUGCGACUCGCUUGAUUUACCCCCCACAGCGACUCGGGACUUGCUUGAGACUGACAAGUUAUGACUUGAGACUUGCACAUAUACGACUUACUCCCACCUCUGGUAAAUACGCCUUGAGGAAGACCAUUCAAAUUUGUUGGCAAUACUGGUUGCGACUUAACACCAACCUCUCCACCGAUGGGAAGACAUCCACAUCGGUCAUCAGCGACAAAAACAACGGAGAAAGUGAAGAGUUCAGUUUUUGCCUUGCACUCAAGUAGCGCUGUGGUCAGGCUAGCUGGCUAAAGUUAACGGUCGUCCAGCCACAAUUUCCUUGUCUUCCCUUGAUUUCUUUUCCUUUCAAUGCACAUCAACAUUUGUUCGCUUGGAAUUGAAACGUAGCCGAGAUUCCUUAUCGCGCAGUGUGAGAAAUCGUGAAUUCAUAUGAACAUUUCACACUUCGAUAAAUCGUACAAGAUGGCUUGUGUCCAUUGACGGUAUCUUGUGAACCACCUGGUUUUCUUUCAACUGCCCUCAUAUUCCACCACUAAAGGUUCUUGUCCAGUGGCAGAUAUUUUUUUUUUUUUUUUUGCUACAAGAUCGUGAAACACACGUGAAGCACUAGCGUUCUUACACCAUUAGGCCUAAUUGAGUAGACCUUAACCUUUUCUGGUAAACUCCUCCCCGAUACACAGAGAGCUCGCCUCUCACUUCUUCAUACCUCGACAACGACUUCCUUGACGACUUUUCCAUUUACACGAGGCGACAUCUUAGAGAGUUUCUUUGCAUUUUUUUUUAUGCACAAAAAAUGUAGAAAGGAUCUGGCUGGCAAAAGCUGCAGGAAAAAAAUUCCCCAUCUACGUCCGUGGUUUUCAUAAAUGUGAGUCGUCCACCAAGCUUUGUGUGGUGUCAUUAUUGUCAUGUUUCAACUGUUUAUUGUUCCAACUGCAAAACCAGAAAGAAAAGAAAAUGGGGGUUUUUGGGGGAGGGGCAAAGUCGAUUAGCGGUUAAAAAUGACUAAAAGUGGUCAUUCCAAUGAUCCUGGUGACUUCAAAGAGUACAUACUGAUGAAAAUGUACACCUAUGGUUAUGUACGUUAGCGUGUCAUUUGUGUAACCUUUUUUUGGUUGCCGUUAGAGAAAAACAAAGGUGGAAAGUUGGAAAUGGAAGCGAGAUACUCAGUGCUUUUUCUGUCCGUUUUUUCAGCGUCACUGCCUUGCCUCAUUUGCGAGCCUGUCGCCCCAUUUCAGGCAGAGCGGGAUUGAUGCGUGACAAUCGCCAAUAGCGAUCAACCCGCAUCCUAAGGAGGCCGGCUUAAUUUGUCUCUUAAAUGUCACUCUUUUUCUUGGAAGUUGUAUGCUCUUCUGUCUCAUCAUUUCGCCUUUUCCCCUUUUCAAAGAAGCUGUCUAAAGAGGUUUUUUGUUUUUUUUUUACAAAUUUGAUCUAGCUUGUGGGAUUACUUGGUUUUUUUUUUUUACAACUGUAUCACAUGAGAGCUGUUUGAUACAUGAUGCACCUGAUUUUAAAAAUAAUACUUCAGUCUGUGAUGAUAAACAAUAUUAUUAUUAUUUUUUAUUUUUUAUUUUUUUUUGUCUGUCGGUAAGAGCACCAAAUCGCCCGGUGGUUAGGGAUCGCUGACAUACACCACGGCUACAUAUUCAUAACUAUUUGGACACACACGAGACAGUUUUCGACACAAAUUUAUCAACGUUCUCGGUACCAAGGGCUCUGGUUUGAACAGCUACGCUUGAACUGGACCUCAGUGGCUCGAUGUAGCGUCCACUCGCACAAACCAAAUCGGACAAUUAGGUCAAUAUCGCAUUUCCAAUCAUCCGGUAAAUGGCAGAAGCGACCCCGAAAGGAGAAGGAUUUUCCGAGGGCUAAUGUGGUCCCUGAUGUAGACCGCAGUGGGACUAAGAAAGGAUCCUCUUAUUUGAACAGGUACCCGAGCUCCCAUUUAUUUGUAAUAAAUAAUCACAAAGCAGACUUUUGCUCAUUUAAAACGAGAAAAUCAGGAAAAGAACGUUUGCGCGUGUAUUCUUCACCUGGAGACACUAACGACUGUAGACAACAACAUCAGCAGGCAUCACCGCUGACUCGAGCAGCCUUUCUUCCUUCUUAUCGGCUGUAACGUCUCCUUUUUUUGCUUACAGACUAAAUCAAUCAGUUUUGAACAUACUAGUUCCCACUUGGGUGUCCAUAUGUAUUUGUGUUUAAAAAAGAAAGAACGAAAGAAAUACAAUGUGCCUACUACUCAGACUGUUAGCUUGAACACUGUAGCCACAUUAUUGUAAUCUCAGUGCAACUGCGCUGCGCUUUUACCGUUUCAUGUCUGGUUUCAUUUUUAAUUCACGCUAGAUUUUGGAAUCAAAUGUAUUGAUUUCUGCUUUUCCGUCAUAAACGAGCGAGUCCCUCUCAA